AUGCAUUUCUGGAAUCUGGCCAUCAAAAUAAUUUUCUUCUCACAAACUACAACUGGAAUUCUGGGAAAUUUCUCUCUGUUUUACUACUAUUUAAUCUUGUAUGGAGAAUCCAAAUUAAAGACUAUAGAUUUGAUUCACACACACCUAUUAGCAGCCAACACCUUGAUCAUUUUUUCUCGAGGAAUGCCCCACACAAUGGCAGCUUUUGGUUUGAAGCAGUUUUUAAAUGAUUUUGGAUGCAGAUUACUUUUGUACAUUGAAAGAGUUGGCCGCAGUGUGUCCAUUGGCACCACCUGUCUCUUGAGUGUCUUCCAGGCCGUCAUCAUCAGUCACAAGGAAUCCUGUUGCAAGGAUCAAAAAGUGAAAGCUGCUAAGUACAUUGGCAGCUCCAUCGUCCUCCUCUGGAUCUUGUACACGUUAUUAAAUUUCGUUUUGUUAGUGUACCCAAUUAUCAAAAGGUAUAGUAAUAAUGUGACCAGAAAAAAAGAUUUUGGAUACUGCUCCACUGUUGGGAGGAAUAAAAUCAAUGACUCACUCUAUGCAGCAUUGGUGGUCUGCCCUGAAAUCUUCUUUUCUGUGCUCAUGGCCUGGUCCAGUGGCUCCAUGAUUGUCAUUCUGUACAAACACAAGCAGAGGGUUCAGCACAUCCGUAGACCUUCUGGUUCCAGCAGAACCUCACCUGAGUCCAGAGCCACCCACAACAUCCUGGUCCUGGUGUCUACCUUUCUGGGUUUUUAUACUCUCUCCACUAUCUUACAAGGUUGCAUGGCUCUUAUGUAUAAUUACAGUUGGUUGCUGGUGAACAUCAGUCACCUCACUUCUCUGACUUUUCCUUGUUUUGCCCCCUUUAUUCUUAUGAAUCAUUACUCCACAAUAUCAAGACUCGGUUUUGUCUGGAUAAGGAAUGUGAACUCACUCAUUCUUAAAUGUGUAAAUGAUAUAAUUUUUUGUGGUAUCCAGUUGUUUACUCACUCAUAUGCCUAA